CGCUGAUGGCUGCAUGGAGCCUCGCGUUCCGCGAUCGCGUCGGCGAUGUCAUGGACGGUGGGCUCACGGUUGACCUCUCCAUGAAGGCGCCGCUGCUCGAUGAGAUGGCAGCGCUUCUCGAGGCCAACCCGCGCUCCGACGGCGACGCCAAGCCGCUGCAAGAGAGCAUGCUCGCGCUCUGGGUUCUUCUUCUCAGCCAUGUCGACAAGAUCUCUGUGCUCAAGUACAAGUACAUGUGUUACCGCCUGCUCGAGGCCCUCGUCCAGCGCGACGAGUUUCUUCUCUUGCACCUCGACUUUGACUUCAACACAAUGGACGUGCGCAAAGAUGGCGACCGCGACGCAUGGCGCCUCGUGCAUCUCUACCGAAAGCUCGUGGGCGACACCUUUGUGCACGCUUCGUCGCUGCUCUUGCGCAACACGCUUUCGAUCGAGCUCCAGCGCUUUUGCGCGCUCGUGGCCACGCGAGCGUACUUUGUGUUUCCGCUGCUGCAAGCGCCGUUCGUCGACAUUUGCAACCGGCGCUACUGCCAGCACAAACCGCUUCGACCGACCACCUUGCACGAGAUGCUUCAAGCACAGCGUCGCGCCCACCUCGCCAAGUGCACUGACACGACGUUCAUGGACGCCUGUCCGGACCUCUUUCACUGGGGUUGGCUCGCCAAAGACACCGACGCGGCCUCACUGCUGCCCGACGACAGUCCGUGGCGCCUCGUGCUGGCUUCGGACGGCAGUUUGUUUGUGCUGUUUGUGCAAGCGUUUAACGCGUGCGUGGCGUCCGUAACGCACCGCGCCGGCGUGCACGCGCCCAACUGGAGCAUGGUGCCGGGGUACCUCGACCUCAUGCAGCUCUUUGCGCUGGUCGUGUUUGACACGACCGUGUGGCUCAGUCACGUGCCGUCCGUUGGCGAGCUCACGACGUCAGCGAUGUUUCCAAUGACGUUUUCAUUGGUCGACCAAGUGCUGGAGGGUGCGUCGAGAUCCAUGGCCAACCCCGGUAUGGUACAAGUGCUUUUGCCCACGGUGGUCGUGGGCCUGCAGCAGCAUACCUCGUGGCACCCCGCGGGCUUGACGCGGUCGCUCCGCGCCAUCUCUCGCUGGAUACACAUGGCGUCGCAACCGUACGUCAACAGCAGUGCAGGCGGUGGGAACCAGAGCGAGUCGUCUACUACGCUCCAGAGCCUGCACUUAUACCCGUCCUUUGUGCCGCUUGGGGCCAUGAUACCACUGCUGCUGCAAUGGCUGGCGUCCAAGGACGACUCGGUGGCGCUACCGGCGCUGCUCUGGGUCGACGCACAUUUGCAGCACAUGCCGACGGACGCGAAGGAGCAGCUCGUGUCGACCAUCUUGCAUCCCAAGCUAUUUUAUAAUCUCUUCCUGCACUGGUCGCCGCAUGUCCGCACCGCCAUGCACUACCUCUUGACGUACCAGCUCUAUCGCCACGACCGGCGCCACUUGCAGCUCCACUCGGACGCCGCGUUGCUUCUCGAGCACGCACAUGACGUGGUAAAGCCGGACGCGCGCAGCUUGGCCAAGGUCUCGGAGAGUCCGAACUUCAUGCUGGACAUUUCCAGCGCGAGCAAGAUGGAGACGCAUGUCUUUGUCUUGACCUCGCCGAUCGUCGGUGUCCCGCCCUUCCCCGAGGCUUUGAGCAUUUUCGUUGAAGUGUCGCUCGCCGAGUAUGCGGCGAUGCUGACCCAGUACUAUGUGGCGUGCGAUGCGGCCGAGGCGAGCUUGGGGCGACGUCUCUACAGUGACGAAGUUGUUGCGGGCCCUGACAUCCAGCACUGCCUUGCGCUCUGUUCGACUCAGAUCUGAAUUUUAUAUAUAUAUUGUACUAGCUACUUUACGA